AUGCACAAGAAUGGAAACUUGCAACAGCAAGGACCACCUCCCCCGCAGCCUGAGGUGUCCUGGCAAAACCACUUCACCACUCUGCAGACUGAAGAGGAAAGGCCCAUUACAUCAGGAGAAACGCUGGAGCUGAGUAAGGCAGCCCAGUCUGCUCCCCAUAUAACAACCAGCGCAACUAAGAAACGGCAAUGGGUGAUAGUGGUAGGCAACUCUUCUGAGAGGGAAUCGUAUUACUCGGGGCUGUCAUCACUCACCAAGAACAAUGGACUACUCAAUAUCACCUUUAAAUAUGACAACUGCACGCCUUAUCUGAAUUCUGUGGGAAGACAUGUGAUUGGAGAUGUGCAGAACAUAACCAUCAGUCAGUAUGCAUGUUACGAACAGGUUGCAGUGACGAUACUUUGGACUGCAAAUGCCAUCGGGAUUGAAUACCUGAAAGGAUUUCGAGUAAUACUUGAGGAGUUAAAAUCAGAGGGAAGACAAUGCCAGCAGAUGGUUUUAAAAGAUCCAAAGCAGCUCAGCCCCAGUUUCAAACGAACAGGAGUGGAAUCUCAGCCCUUUGUAAAUCUGAAGUUUGAAACAGAUUACUUUUUAAAGAUUGUUCCUUUUCCUUCUGUUAAAAAUGAAAGUAAUUAUCACCCAUUUUUCUUCCGAACUAGACCAUGUGAAUUGUUGCUACAGCCAGAAAACCUUGUCUGCAAACCUUACUGGAAGCCCAGGAAUUUGAAUGUUACCCAGCAGGGUUUUAACAUGCACGUGUCGUUUGAUCAUGCACCUCACAGCUUUGGGUUUAGAUAUUACUUUCUUCACUACAAACUUAAGCACGAAGGGCAAUUUAAGCAAAAGACCUGCAAACAGGAGCAAAACACAGAUACUACAAGUUGUAUUCUUCAGAAUGUAUCUCCAGGCGAUUAUAUAAUUGAGCUGGUUGAUGACACUAAUACGACAAGGAAAACAAUGCACUAUGCGCUAAAACCAGUACAUUCGCCGUGGGCUGGACCGAUAAGAGCUAUUGCCAUUACAGUCCCUUUAGUUGUCAUUUCAGCAUUUGCAACGCUUUUCACAGUGAUGUGCCGCAAGAAACAGCAAGAAAAUAUAUAUUCCCAUCUAGAUGAGGAGAGCUCAGAAUCUUCAGCAUAUGCUGCAGGUCUCCAUGUGGAAAGACUUCGUCCCCGGCCAAAAGUGUUCAUCUGCUAUUCCAGUAAAGAUUGCCAGAAACACAUUAAUGUCAUCCAAUGCUUUGCCUAUUUUCUUCAGGACUUUUGUGGUUGUGAGGUGGCUCUGGAUUUGUGGGAAGAUCUAAGAAUUUGUAAAGAAGGUCAGAAAGAGUGGCUUAUUAAAAAAAUAAACGAGUCCCAAUUUAUCAUCAUUGUGUGUUCCAAGGGAAUGAAAUACUUUGUUGAAAAAAAGAACUGGAAGCACAGAGGGAUAACCAAAGAUGCAGGAAAAGGAGAACUCUUUCUGUUUGCUGUGUUGACUGUUGCAGAGAAGCUUCGUCAGGCAAAGCAAAAUUCAAAUGACCUCUGCAAAUUCAUUGCAGUCUACUUUGAUUACUCCUGUGAAGGAGACAUCCCUGGUAUUCUGGAUCGAAGUACAAAAUACAAACUCAUGGACAAUCUCCCUCAGCUGUAUUCACAUUUACACUCCAGAGAUGUUAGUGUACAGGAUUCAGAGGUGUUUCCUGUUAACAUUAGUAAAAGGAAUUAUUUCAGGAGCAAAUCUGGGAGGUCCCUUUAUGUUGCCAUUUGCAAUAUGCAUCAGUUCAUUGAUCAGGAACCGGACUGGUUUGAGAAACAAUUUAUUCCCUUGCUUCCACCUUCUUUACAUUACUCAGAGCCUGUCAUGGAAAAAUUUGAUUCGGGCUUGGUUUUAAAUGACUUAGUGAAUAAACAGGUGAUGGAUGGUGAUUUUUACCUGAAAACAGAUGUAAAUAUUAUUUCAUCUGGAAAUUCAGACUCUCACUGUAUAAUUCAGCACUUAAACCUUCGAGAAGAUAUAGAAACUCAGGACAUUCAAGGUGGUGGCAGCUCUGUUCUUCAGCCGUUGUUACAUGUUGUUAAAGCUUCAGAUGUUAAAGAUAUGCCUCGAGAUUCUGGAAUCUAUGAUUCGUCUGUUCCUUCAUCUGAAUUAUCUUUACCUUUAAUGGAAGGACUAUUGACAGACCAAAUUGAAACAUCUUCCAUUACAGGAAGCGUUUCUUCAUCAUCAGGUUUAGGGGAAGAAGAACCGCCUGUAAUCAGUGCUACAAAAUUCUUAGUGCCUGGAAUAUGUAAAGCAGAACUUCAUUGUCAUAUCCAUAAUGAUGAACUGCAGGCAAUUGCUCCUUUGUAAUACAUUACAACAUUUUUAUGCAUUGCCACUUUAUCAACAGCCUCUGUUUGUGCUUUAACUACCACACUGUCUCAGCACUAAAUCUACUUGAAGGAACAAACACUCCCUGAGGAAGAUCUGUGAUUCCGAAGGGAUUUUUUUUAUGGCCAGUAAACUUGAAUCUGUUGGUCUUUUAUAUAAAGUCUUCCAUAAUUUAAAAAAAUGCAGCAUGGAAAAAUAGAUGAGAAUACAUUUCAGAGUUAUUCCUAUUACUAAUUAAAAUGUCAUGAUAUUACACUGUUUACAGAUGCCAUAAUCAAAAUUGACUUUAUUU